AUGGACGUGGACGUGGACGUGGACGUGGACGUGGACAUGGACGUGGACGUGGACAUGGACGUGGACGUGGACGUGGACAUGGACGUGGACGUGGACGUGGACGUGGACAUGGACGUGGACGUGGACAUGGACUGGACGUGGACGUGGACGUGGACGUGGACAUGGACGUGGACGUGGACGUGGACAUGGACGUGGACGUGGACGUGGACGUGGACGUGGACGUGGACAUGGACGUGGACGUGGACGUGGACAUGGACGUGGACAUGGACGUGGACGUGGACAUGGACGUGGACGUGGACGUGGACGUGGACGUGGACGUGGAUUGGACGUGGACGUGGACGUGGACGUGGACGUGGACGUGGACGUGGACGUGGACGUGGACGUGGACGUGGACGUGGACGUGGACGUGACGUGGACGUGGACGUGGACGUGGACGUGGACAUGGACGUGGACGUGGACGUGGACAUGACGUGGACGUGGACAUGGACUGGACGUGGACAUGGACGUGGACGUGGACGUGGACGUGGACGUGGACGUGGACGUGGACGUGGACAUGGACGUGGACGUGGACGUGGACGUGGACGUGGACAUGGACGUGGACGUGGACGUGGACGUGGACGUGGACAUGGACGUGGACUGGACGUGGACGUGGACGUGGACGUGGACAUGGACGUGGACAUGGACGUGGACGUGGACGUGGACGUGGACGUGGACGUGGACAUGGACGUGGACGUGGACGUGGACGUGGACGUGGACGUGGACGUGGACGUGGACAUGGACGUGGACGUGGACGUGGACGUGGACAUGGACGUGGACGUGGACGUGGACGUGGACGUGGACGUGACGUGGACGACGUGGACGAUGGACGUGGACAUGGACGUGGACAUGGACGUGGACGUGGACAUGGACGUGGACGUGGACGUGGACGUGGACGUGGACAUGGACGUGGACGUGGACGACGUGGACGUGGACAUGGACGUGGACGUGGACGUGGACAUGGACGUGGACGUGGACGUGGACGUGGACGUGGACGUGGACGUGGACGUGGACGUGGACGUGGACGUGGACGUGGACGUGGACGUGGACGUGGACGUGGACGUGGACGUGGACGUGGACGUGGACAUGGACGUGGACGUGGACGUGGACGUGGACGUGGACAUGGACGUGGACGUGGACGUGGACGUGGACAUGGACAUGGACGUGGACGUGUUGGACGUGGACGUGGACGUGGACGUGGACGUGGACGUGGACAUGGACGGGACGGACGUGGACGUGGACGUGGACAUGGACGUGGACGUGGACGUGGACAUGGACGUGGACGUGGACGUGGACGUGGACGUGGACGUGGACAUGGACGUGGACGUGACGUGGACGUGGACAUGGACGUGGACGUGGACAUGGACGUGGACGUGGACGUGGACAUGGACGUGGACGUGGACGUGGACGUGGACAUGGACGUGGACGUGGACGUGGACAUGGACGUGGACGUGGACGUGGACGUGGACAUGGACGUGGACGUGGACGUGGACGUGGACGUGGACAUGGACGUGGACAUGGACGUGGACAUGGACGUGGACAUGGACGUGGACGUGGACGUGGACGUGGACGUGGAACGUGGACGUGGACGUGGACGUGGACGUGGACAUGGACGUGGACGUGGACGUGGACAUGGACGUGGACGUGGACGUGGACAUGGACGUGGACGUGGACAUGGACGUGGACAUGGACGUGGACGUGGACGUGGACAUGGACGUGGACGUGGACGUGGACGUGGACGUGGACGGGAAUGGACGUGGACGUGGACGUGGACGUGGACGUGGACGUGGACGUGGACAUGGACGUGGACGUGGACGUGGACGUGGACAUGGACGUGGACGUGGACGUGGACGUGGACGUGGACGUGGACGUGGACGUGGACGUGGACGUGGACGUGGACGUGGACGUGGACGUGGACGUGGACGUGGACGUGGACGUGGACGUGGACUGGACGUGGACGUGGACAUGGACGUGGGACGUGGACGUGGACGUGGACGUGGACGUGGACGUGGACGUGGACGUGGACGUGGACGUGGACGUGGACGUGGACGUGGACGUGGACGUGGACGUGGACGUGGACGUGGACGUGUGGACGUGGACGUGGACGUGGACGUGGACGUGGACGUGGACGUGGACGUGGACGUGGACGUGGACGUGGACGUGGACGUGGACGUGGACGUGGACAUGGACGUGGACGUGGACGUGGACGUGGACGUGGACGUGGACAUGGACGUGGACGUGGACGUGGACGUGGACAUGGACGUGGACGUGGACGUGGACAUGGACGUGGACGUGGACGUGGACGUGGACGUGGACUGGACGUGGACGUGGACGUGGACGUGGACGUGGACAUGGACGUGGACGUGGACGUGGACGUGGACGUGGACGUGGACAUGGACGUGGACGUGGACUGGACACGUGGACGUGGACGUGGACGUGGACGUGGACAUGGACGGGACAUGA